CCAUUUUCACAACAAACAACAAUGACUCUGAGCCCCCACGAUCAGCUUAUCCUGUCUGUUUAUAUUUUGACCUUCAUGACGGGGUUACCCACCAACAUCCUGGCCUUUUAUACCUUCUUCAUAAAAGUCUGCCGCAAACCAGCUCCCAUCGACAUCCUCCUUCUCAACCCGCUAAGCAACUUUAUAUUCUACUCCACCAUCUACAUCAGCACCUUGUUUCGAAUGGGAGUCAGUGUAGAGCGAUACCUUGGGGUGGCCUACCCUGUCCAGUACAAGAUGAAGUGCAAGCCCACGUACGCUAUCAUGGCAAGCUUGUUUUUCUGGGUCAUAUCGACCGCUCACUGCAGCAUCGUCUACAUCAUCCAGUACCAGAAACCAGGGAAUGGGACUUGGAAUGUUUCCACUUGCUAUGAGGAUUUCACAGAAGAGCAACUUGAUGUACUUCUUCUAGUCCGCUUUGACUCCUGCCUCAUCCUCUUCUACAUCCCCUUCCUCAUCACCUCCUUUUGCUACAUCAGUUUCAUCCGGAUCCUUCUCUCCCUGCCGAACAUCAGCCGUCGAAGGAAGCAGAGAGCCAUCGGGUUAGCUCUGGGGACACUGCUGGUCUUCAAUCUCUGCUUCUGCCCUUAUAACAUCUCCCACGUGGUGGGGUUUGUGAAAUGGCAAAGUCCCACGUGGCACGUGGAUGCUCUGCUUCCCAGCACCUUCUAUAAGAACUGA